AUGGAUGAGGCAUCAGACAAUCCACCCCCUCCAAGCUUUGUAUAUGCAGAAGUACCAGGCCCUAAACAUAUACGAGCAAACGCCACACCAAUUGAUUUUUUUCAGUUUCAAUUGUUGCUGCGGUUCUUACAUUUUGUAGACAAUUCGAAACUUCACCCUCCUGGUCACCCAUUAUAUGAUCCAACAGCGAAAUUUCAAGUGUUGGUGGAUAUUGCCAACAACGUUUUCCGUCGCUACUACACUCCACACCAGCAACUGAGUGUAGAUGGAAGUCUUGUUGGGACAAAGGCGCACUCACAGCUAAUCCAGUACCUUCCCAAUAAACAUCACAGAUGGGGAGUCAUAUUUUGGAUGCUGUGUGAUUCAGGAGUAAAUUACUGCCUAGGGUUUUAUGCAUACCGUGGUGCAAAAAGUGGUGAUGACAAAAACGAAAUAAAAGAGAUAUAUAGUCAAAAGCUGUAUUCAGUCUGCACUUAUCUAACGGGAACAAUUAGAAGAAACAGAAAAUUCCUGCCAUGUGGACUUCUGUUGAAAUAUGCUGUAGGUCAACUAAAGUUUUUCAAGAAAUCUUUUAUACUUCUCUGUGGCUUCAGACAGAAGAAAUCACAGAGAAAUCCAGUCCUCCUUGUGAGUACAUCAUCCUCUGCUAGAUCAUCAGAAACGACAAUUCGCAAUAGACAGUCGGCCAAGAAACCAGAUGUAAUUUUGGAAUAUAAUAAGUAUAUGGGUGGCAUUGAUUCAUCUGAUAUGAUGGCAUACUGCUAUUUAGACGAGAGGACUGUCAAGAUGUGGAAGAAGGUAGUGUUCAGCAUAAUUGCCAGGCUGUUGCUGAAUGCAUAUGUUUUGUACAAGGAAAGCCUAAACCCCAGUGACAAACCACUGACACGGCUGAAGUUUAACAGCAUAGUCAUAUGCAAACUUUCUCAACAGUGGUUUCAGGCAAGGACUACAACCACAAGUGCAACAGAUAUAAAUGUACCUGCUCCAACAGUAUAUGGUGUAGAGACUCUUCCGGGGAGAAAGGAACGCUACUGUAGUGUUUGUUCUACGAAGGAUGAGAAGCGGCGUUUAUGA